AUGAUUGACACAUACAGUCUUUUCGUAAAUGAUCAAGGUAACGCGAUAAAAUCACUGUACGAUCCUACCGAUCCAAGUGGCGUGCACAUAAGCAGAAAAGGUGCUGAAGAAAUUGUGAUGGCCUUUCUGGAGCAAAAGGAAACUUCGGAUGACAGUGAACCUCAGACACCAAACAUGUCAAAACGAAAAUUAAGUUCGCGUUCACCAUCCUCCGCGGCGGAGAAACAAGUUCUUCCUUUCGAUUGCAAAGACAUCCUUGACAUUGGUUACAAUAAUUCGGGGAUGUUCGAUAUUUAUCCAAGCUGUUCGAGUCCAGGGGCUACCAGUGCUUACUGCGAUAUGCAAACUAUGAAUGGAGGGUGGACG